AUGAAUUCGCGUUUUAAUCCGCACGGGGAAUGGAGGAGUCUACGCCUGCGUGCCUGUGUGCGCUGGCGAACGGGAUGCAGAAACAGACGAAGAGAGGAUGAAGAUGACAUCAGAGCAGGCUGCAGCACCGCCGUGAAUGACCUGGUGUACAUCAUCGACGGCUCAUGGAGUGUGGGCCACACUGACUUCGCCACCGCUAAGCGCUGGCUGGUCAACAUCACCAGCAGCUUCGACAUUGGCCUGCAGUACACCCAGGUGGCCGUGGUCCAGUACAGCGACACACCCAGGCUAGAGAUCCCACUGGGCCAGCACCAAAGCAACCAGGAGCUCAUCGGGGCCAUUGGCACCAUUAGCUACCUGGGUGGCAACACGCAGACAGGCCGGGCCAUCAAGUUCGCCACCGAUCACGUGUUCCCCUCCUCCAGGCGCACCCAAGCGGUCAAGAACCGCAUCGCCAUCGUGGUGACGGACGGCAAGUCGCAGGAUGAUGUGGUGGAUGCCAGCGUAGAGGCCAGGGCCCAAAACAUAAUCCUGUUCGCUGUGGGUGUCGGUAAUGAGAUCACAAACUCUGAGCUGGUGUCCAUCGCCAACAAGCCCCCGUCCACGUAUGUGCUGUAUGCAGAGGACUACACCACGAUGGAUCGCAUCCGGGACACCAUGGAGCAGAAACUCUGCGAGGAGUCAGUGUGUCCUACGCGGAUUCCAGUGGCCUCGCGGGAUGAGAAAGGGUUUGAGUUGAUGCUGGGUAUGAAGAUUCAUGAGAAGGCCGAGAAGAUUCCGGGCUCUCUACUGUCUGAGUCAGCCUACCAGCUGAACCUGGAGGACGACAUCACAGAAAGCACUAGGGAAAUCUUUCCAGAAGGUCUUCCUCCAUCCUACGUGUUUGUGGCCACUCUUCGACUGAAGACGGCAAGAAACCAAGCGACGUUUGACCUCUGGAGGGUGAUUUCCAAAGAUGGGGUCACCCAGGCUGCAGUGACCCUCUGUGGAAGAGAGAGACAUGUUGUCUUUAUGACCACGGGCAUCGCUAGUGAUGAGCAAUCUGUCAUUUUCAAUAACAGGGACCUCAAGAAGCUCUUUGAUGGAGGCUGGCACCAGCUGAAGCUCCUGGUUAAGCCUCGGCGCGUCAUCUGCUUCCUGGACGACGUGCAGCUGGAAGAGCGCCCCCUGGAGCCGGCUGUCCCCAUCUACAUCAACGGCAAGACGCAGGUGUCCAAGAAGGUGCAGAGUGAGACCACAAUUCCAAUUGAGAUACAGAAGCUGAGGCUUUACUGUGACCCUCUGCAAAGCGAGAGAGAGACAGCAUGUGAAAUAUUCUCUGUGGAUGAUGAAAGGUGUCCUCUUGACCGGUCACCCAGUGAGGAGGACUGCGACUGUCACACUGGUCCCCCUGCCCCCCCCGGCUCCCCUGGCACCCCUGGUCCUGUGGGUCUUCCGGGAGAAAAGGGAAAGGCAGGACCCCCGGGCCCUGAUGGUAAGCCUGGCAGUCGUGGUGAACAGGGUCUGCCGGGAAACCCUGGGACGCCAGGGCCGAAGGGUGGCGCAGGAUUGCCCGGGUCUAGAGGACACCCCGGCCUGAAAGGUGACAAAGGUGACAAAGGAACACCAGGCUUACCGGGAAGCCCGGGAGCUCCAGGACCGAUGGGCCCAGCUGGUUCACAGUUACUUUCAGGCACUGUGGGAAAACCAGGAGAAAAGGGAAGCCAAGGAAUUAGAGGAGCUCCAGGUUCACCAGGUCAACCAGGACGGAAGGGGGAGCUUGGGGCCCCAGGUAGAGAUGGGCUGACAGGGCCACUAGGGCAGAAGGGCGAGAAAGGAAGUCUUGGGUUUCCGGGGGCAGAGGGACCGAGAGGAAUUUCGGGGCUACAGGGCAUUCCUGGAGAUGCAGGUCCAGUGGGGCCCCGGGGGGAACAGGGCUUGCCUGGGCUGAAGGGACAGAUGGGACCAAAAGGACCUCUUGGGAUACAGGGUCCUAUGGGUCCACCUGGACAUGAUGGACAUGAUGGUUCAAAGGGGAAUUCUGGGAAUCCAGGAAUUGCAGGUUUCCCCGGAGCUCCGGGACCAAAGGGUUUGCCAGGGGAGCCGGGGCCAAAUGGGUUACCAGGGUCCUUGGGGAUGCCAGGGUUUAAAGGGCACAAGGGUGAAGAAGGGGCACCUGGUCCUAAAGGCAUUAAGGGUGACAGAGGCAGUGAUGGAACUCCAGGGGAUCCCGGGCGAGCCGGAGAGACCGGACUGAGGGGAAGUAGAGGAGAGAAAGGCACAGUGGGGGAUCCAGGUGCGAGGGGGCCGGAUGGAAAAAAGGGAGAUAUGGGAUUGACUGGAGUGACUGGACCACGUGGACCUUCUGGCCAGGAUGGGCUACCGGGACAGCCGGGAGUGCCUGGGUAUCCAGGGAAACCUGGAAAGCCUCCGUCAGAUGAGCAUUUGAUGAAGAUUUGUAUUAAUGUGCUGCGCAAUCAGCUGCCUCAGCUGCUGCAGACGAUGGUGCAGCAGGACUGCGGGCCUUGUGAAAUGACACGGGGGGCCCCAGGUGAGCCGGGGCCCCCCGGUCCUCAGGGCCCCGUGGGGCCCCCUGGCUAUCCUGGCCGGACAGGCGCUCAGGGUUAUCCUGGGCCACCGGGCAUGCAAGGACCCCAGGGUAUUAAAGGAGAGACCGGAUCAAAAGGCUUCAAGGGGUCUAAGGGCGAAGGGCACGUUGGAUUACCAGGUCCACCUGGGCCAUUAGGUCUCCAGGGUCCUCCUGGCCAAGAUGGCGAGGGACUUGCUGGGUCUCCAGGCCUCCCAGGCCAGGCUGCCCCCCCCGGCAUCCCAGGAAAGCGGGGGGCGCCUGGUCCACCCGGAGUGUGCGACAUGUCCUUGUGUUACCAGGUUUACAGCUCCAGGGAAAACCGCUUCAGUAAAGGACCCAACUUUUAGUGCAUGCAGAACCAGAAAGAGCAUGCUGACUGGUCCUAGAAGCUACUUAACCGUUGGAUUAAAGUGAAGAUAAUAUGAGUCAUAGCUAUCCGUCAUAAAUGGAUAAGUUUAUUGUAUUGAAAACCUGCUGUUGAUGAGGGUCAAAGUACUAAGGAAACCUAAACGGCUUAAGUCAUGUACAGAGUUGUGCACUAAUUGGAACACUGCUGCAGGUGAGCUACCUACUUGCUAGAACAUCUAAGGCAUUUACUGUACCUGCAGAAUCUAUUCUAGAUUACUUGUGAGUAAGAGUCCAUCCUCCCUCAAGUGAAGUGAGUGCAUUUUACUAUUUGCUCUCUUUCUGAUUUUUUUGGCUUUUGGUCGAUUUUAAAAAAUACUGCCAGUAUACAAGUGACAAGUUAUUGAAGUUACAAUGACUUAAAAUUAGUACUGAUAUGGGUAGACUUCAGAUCUUAGAGUUUAUGUACGUAAAUAUCACGUUUAGAAUAAUUAACUCUUUUCAACAUAUUUUGUAUUUACUCGAUGCGAUUUCAUGCAUAGGUGAGAUUCAAGUUUAUUCUCAGGUAUUAUGAUAUCAAACAUGAGCUAAAAAUGAUCUGUCUCUGGGGUAGAAGUGUACCUUUGAUAUUUUUUGAUAAUUUGAACACUGUAUAGUCCCUUUACGAAACCACGUGCCCUUAAUGUAAACCCCCUGCUGUACUCUACAGUUCCUCUCUUCUUUUGUCUGUCAUAAAACAACAAGAGAUACUUUCACUGGUGUGAAGCAUUUAAGAGUGUACUUUGCAUUAGCGGCAUUAGCUGGUAAGACAAACUCAUACCACCAAAUAGGAUUUCGAUUUAAUCUGUGUGCCUCUGUUCCGUAGCAACGCAGCUGGCAAAUUAUUACAAAACAAAAUGCAUCAAGGUUAGUCUUGUACUCGAAAAGGGCAGCAUUGUUUUUCAAAUAUCUUGAAGUUUAAUAGUAUUUUUUUUUAUUACAUCAAGCUAUGGAGCUGAAGAUACAUUUAAAAAGAUUAGUAGUAAGACUAUUGCUUUGUAUAUUACUACAGAUCAAGGUAAUAUUUAGACACAAAACUGUAAAUUUAGUUAAAAUAUAUUAUUUACUAAAACAUUAUCGACAUCAGUAAGAUAGAAAAUGCUCCAGUACUCCAGCUUUUGUAUAUUGUUCAAAAUAAACUGACACCUGCACAUUCACCUUUUAAAAUGUGAAUUUCAGUCAUAAAGUACAUAAUUUCCUAUAAAAUGCACAAUGUAAUUGUAUGAAUUUUUGUUAUUUCAUAUUAUGGCGCAGUCGGAACGAUGUCAAUCAGAUGUUUAUUUAAUAUCUACAUUCUGAUAACCAGGUUAUAAAAUACUACUACAUAAGUGAUUAACAUAAUGGUACAAUUGUCUUGAUGAACCCAUAAACUGCUAUUCAUGUCAUUGGGGAAGUGGGUGAAAUGAGCAAUACUGUACCAGGCUUUGUUCUUCAUUUGUGAGGAUCUUUUUGUGAGUAACCAGAUUGUUUUGAAAUGCUCAUUGUCACUUCAGUGCAGUUGUAAAGAACAAUA